AUGAGCAAUUCUAAUAGCAACGAGCACUACAGAAUCGACGGAAUUACGGAAAAUAAAAUAAUUAAUGAAGAUGAUGAGAGUCUCUUGAACAUGAAAAAAGAAGAAAUAAUUUUGAAUGGAAAAUUUGAAGAAGAGGCAAAGCUUGAUUUAACCGAAAACAAAAUUGAUAUUGAAGAGAAGAAUAAUAACAUGAAUGAGUUUACAAAUAUUUUUCCAAAUAUAACAUUAUGUUUAAUGGGAAUGUCAUCUGUUUUAAUGUAUAAUUGUGUAUUAAAUACAACUCCUCAUAUACAUGCAUUAUUAAAUAAGAAUAUAGUAGUAUCUUCAACGUUUUUUCUAUAUUUUUCUAUUUUAGUUAUUGUAUCAUUGUUAAGUUCCUUAUUUAUAGAAGUAAAGACUAGAACAUAUGAUUUGUGUUUUAUAUUAUCAUUCAUAUUACAAAUGAUAUAUCCAUUUAUUAUAAAAUAUUUUUAUGAUAAAACCGUUUUUUUUUAUGUACUAGUAGCGUUAAUUGGUGCUACAUGCUCUAUGAUGAAAACCAUGAUAUUUUCCAUAUCUUCUAUUGUUGUAAAUGAUUCAAAAGUUAUUUGUUUAUCAUAUGGUUUGACUGGGAUAUAUUCUUUAUUUAUAACAUCUACAUUUUUUUAUUUUGUUAUUAAAAUAAAUAAAGAUAUACAAAAGUUGAUGUUAUCAUUAUUUAUAACAUCAGCUAUCAAUUGUAUAUUUAUAUUAGUGUCUUUUCUAUGUUACACUGUAUUAAAAAGAACAAGUAAUUUUAAAGAAAAAUUUAAAAUUUAUACGGAAGAGAGAAAAAAUAAUAAAAAUUCACGUGAAGAUUCUUAUAAAUAUUAUGAAAGUAUAACUGAAAAAAAAUCACAAAAUAUAUCAUAUCCAGUAAAUAUUAAUAGUAUAAUAUAUGAAACUAAAACAGAAAAUACGGAAUCAAAAUAUUCAUUAACAAAAAAUGAUUCUAACUCAGUUGGUAUAAAAAGUAGUAGUAAUAAUACUAAUAAUAUGACUAGUAAUGAAAUAGGAGAUCAUAAAAUAUUACAAGAAUCUUAUUCAAAAAAUAAAAAAUUUAAUGACAUACUUCUUAAUGAAAAUAAAACAUUAUCGCUUACUCAUAGUAAAAAAGAAGAUAACAAAGAUGACGAAAAUAAAAAUCAUAAAAAUCAAUUCUUUCUAUUUAAUAUAAAUAAAAAAAAUUUAAUAAAACAAGCCAAAAUUAAAGCAUUCUUAUAUAAAAAAUCGUUCAUAUUUUUAUUUUGUACCUUUUAUAAUAUUUUUCUCAAAAUAUUAUUAUUCCCAGUUGUUUGUCCAGAAAUGUGGACUAAUAAUGUAGAUGAAAGAUAUAUAUUAAUUGGAAUUGUACAAUUUGCUGAUUGUAUAAGUCGUGUUUUUCCAUCCUUUGCAGGAACAUUUCCAGUAUUUAAAAUUUUCCUCUUGACACAAAAAAAAGUAUUAAUUUAUUCAUUAUUAAGAACUAUUUUAUCUGUAAUAGGAUUGAUAAUACCAUUAACACAAGAUACAUUUAUUAAUAAUUUCCUUUUUAAAUGUGCACUCAUUUUUUUAAAUAUAUAUUUAAAUGGUUGGUUUGUUAUCAUGUCUUUUAUUAAUGUUCCAGAAAUUCUCAAACCUAUUAAUUCAAUGAGUAAUGUUGCAAUAGUAAGUAGUUUUGGUUCAACAUUCCUUCGAGUUGGCUUGUUAACAGGCUAUGGAU